AUGCAUACUGCUCAAUUACGUGAUGCUCUGUGUUCCGCUGCUGAAGAAGGUCACGCUGGCAUUAUCAAGCUUUUGAUCCGAGCAAGUGAAAAUCUAGCUUCAACUAAUGAGUCGACCUAUGGACAUGCGGAUAAUAUCUGUCCUCUUUUUGACUGUAACAGUGAACAAGACACGGCUUUACAUCUUGCUGCAAUGAACGGACACCACGAGGCUGUCAAGGUACUGCUAGAUGGAGGGGCACAUCCAGAAGCGAAAGACAAAUUAUUAGAAACACCACUUUCACUAGCAGUUGAAGAAGAUCAUCUGGAAACAGUUCGUGUUCUGCUCGAGUACAAAGCCGAU